UUUACAAUUUAAUUCCCCCUACAGACCAAAUGGUACAGUCUGCACAGUCUGUUUCCGGCCCUCGGUUGCUAUCAUAGACCGUUAUACAGUCCAUGGUUGCUAUGAGGCAGAGAACACCUGAACGCUGGAAAUAAGCUACAACGCAGGUAAACGCCAUGCGUCACACCUGUCGUCACUUUAACGCGUUAUAAAAGAUCUACUAUAGUCAUUUUGGUUCCGGAGGACAUUUCGGUGGAUGUUUCUGUUCAGGGCGGUAAGACAGAAAAGCAUGCUUAGAAAGAUCAUUAGUUACUUCCACGGUUUACGGUUACUUUUCCCUCUGGAUAACAAUGGCCGCCGAGUGUACUGAAGAGGCGAUUCUGGACUUUGUCAAGAAGAACGGGGGCAAAGUGAAAAACACGGAUUUAAUUGAGCAUUUUAAAGUGGUGUUCCCGGAGGACCCGGAGAAGAAAACGGUCGUCCGUACGACAUUUAAAAACUACGUUGACCACAUUGCGUAUGUAAAAACUGAGAGCGGAGUUAAAUAUGUCUGUCUGAGAAAAAGGUUCCGCGGGGCAGAGGAGGCGAAUUGCCCGGAGAGAGAGUUAAACCAAGAGGGACUCGUUAAGCCGUAUCACACGGACCGAGCGGGCGGGGAGGUGCAACAGCAAACCCUACCUGGCUCAGGUUACGGAAAUGACAGCCAGGUGACAGUUCCGCAUGCUUUCUCCACUGCUACAACUAAUUCCCCGGACAAGACCGGCGACAAGGGUCUGUGUCAUGUCCGUUUAGUGGAGGUGGACAGCCACUCAAGGGAGAUGGGAAACAGAGGAAGCCUCCACAGGGAGCAGAAGGCGUCCAAGAAGAGUGUUGGGCCGUCUCCUCCUCGCAUACCAGAGGUUGCAGUGACUGAAGCUUUGCCUCUCCCCGCAGCAGAGGGAUGGGUGUUCAACCUGCCCGGGCCUGCACAAACUGGUCCUACAGGACCGGAGCAGGCAGCUGGACUCAGGCCCAGAGACACACCCGCCACCGAGUCUCUCUCACGGGAAGAAGCAGGGCAGAGUCCAAACUCUACAGGGGACACGCACAGAGUGUCUGAGAGAGAAGGAAGACCCUUCCUGCAGGUCAUGAUGGAGCGCUCCCCGAGGGUGAGGCGCAGCGGUGUGUUCAGCAACUCGGCGUCCAUGUCCUCCCGAAACGACGGCGAUGCCUCCUCCGUGGCCUCCUCCAACCCGGACGACGACAGGGCCUCCGCCACUCUGGACCCGCUGGAACACGAGUGGAUGCUGUGCGCUUCAGACGGCGAAUGGGCCAGCUUGUACCAGCUCCUCGCUGAGGAGCCCAGCCUCAUCCUGAGGAAGGAUUUCGUCACGGGCUUCACGUGCCUGCACUGGGCGGCCAAGCAGGGCAAGCCGGAGCUCAUCGCGCUCAUCAUCAACUUCGCCAAACAGCACAACGUCCCCGCCAGUGUCGACGUCCGGUCGAGCAGCGGCUACACGCCGUUGCACGUUGCCGCCAUGCACAGCCACAUGGAGGUGGUGAAGCUGCUGGUGGGCGCCUACAGCGCAGACGUAGACAUCCGGGACUACAGCGGGAGGAAGGCCUGCCAAUACCUCACGGACAACGUGAGCAUGGACAUACGGGACAUCGUCGGAGCGUACGAGCGCUCAAACGCUGAAGACGAGGGACGCAGGGGCGCGGGAAGACGCUGGAGCGUCUCCAGGGUUCUCCAGUCACACCUGAAGCCACUUGGCGACUCUGUAGACUGGGGGGGCGAGAGAGAGAACCCCUUCAGGAGGAAGUCCUCGCUUUACAGGAUGAAGCCCACACUGCAGAAGCUCCGCUCAAGGACGUCACAUAUCGUCCACAGCACGUCAUUCCGGGACACAGAGGAGACGGACGGGUCCGCAAAGGCUUCCUUUAAGUCCAGACCCAAGACCCAUUUCUUUGGGUGAGAUCAUGAAAUCUAAUCCCCAGUGCCACGUGGAUGCAAAAUUCUGCAGAUGUUAAACAAAUUUAAAAAAAACUAAACUGAAACUAGCAGACCCGAGGAGAACAGUCUGCUGAAGUAAGCAGAAUUGAAACAAUUAAACAAGUUUAAAAAUGGAAAUGAAACCAGCAGACCCAAGUGUAUAUUUAAAAAAAAAAA